AUGACACACGAGGAAGCUCUCCAGGUGACCACAGACAGCGAAGAAGAAUGUACCUUUUCUUCAGAAGAAGAGGAAGACUUUGACGAUGAACUCCUGCAUUUCGAGGAGCGCUUUGAUGCUGCGGAGGACACAGUUUCUAAUGAAUGUGAUAAUGACCGUGAGCAGAUGCCUGCUGCAAAGAGAGCCAGGACUCUUUCAUGGAAAGCAGAGACUGAUGUUGACGGGGCUCCACAGACUCUGAGAUUCCUGCCUGCUCGGGAACCUGGACCGCAGUUGUCUACUGCUGACGCGAACUCUCCCAUGAGUCUUUUCAAACUGUUUUUCACAGACAGCGCCGUGGAUAACCUGUGCCAGAACACAAAUGCUCAGGCCGCCAGGGCAGCUGCAAAGGGCCGCAAGUACAAGUGGACCGAUGUCAGUGUUGAUGAGCUUUACCGCUACAUCGGACUCGUUUUCUACAUGGCCGCGGUGAAGAUGAGCUCCAUCGCUGACUACUGGCGGAGGACAGCCUUUUCUCUCUGCCUUUUCCGCCACAGUUAUGUCAAGGGACAGAUAUCGCACCAUUUCAUGGAAUGUACACAUGAGUCACCCAGACGCAGACGAGGAAAACGACAGAAAGAGGGCACAGCCCAACAUGACCGUCUGUUCAGGAUCAAACCCCUCAUGAACACGAUCCGUCUUGCAUGCAAAGCCUUCUAUCAUCCUAGAAGAAAUUUAGCUGUGAAUGAAAGAUUGGUGGCAUGCAGAGCAAAGAGAGAAGUGACACCGUGCAUGAAAGCCAAGCUGACAAAGUUCAAGUUUUUCAUCCUUUCAGACUCAUCAAAUGGAUAUACUGUGGACUUCUCUGUCUACACGGGCAAGAAUAGCUUUCCCACAGACCGUGGGCUUUCGUAUGAUGCUGUGAUGUCUCUCCUGGACCGUAAAGUUUUGGGCUCUGGGUACCAUGUGUACAUGGAUGAUUUCUACACAAGUCCAAAGCUCUUCACAGACUUGUUUGCUCUGAAGUUUGGUGCUUGCGGGACGUACAGAGACCAGAGGAAGGACUUCAAGACUGCAGCUAAUUCACUGAGCAGAAACUGCAGGAGGAUCCAUCAGGAGAGCGUGCAAAGGAAAUUCAAAGCACAGCAUACAUGGAAGGCAAAGUCUUUUCCAUGUCCUGCACCUGUGACUGCAUACAACCAGCACAUGGGGGGUGUUGACCUGUCCGAUCAGCUGUUGCAAUACUACGCCGCACAGCACAAAACCAUGAAGUGGUACAGAAAAAUCUUCCUACACUUCUUGGACAUUGCCGCCAACAACGCUUUCAUAUUGCACAAAGAGCUGCUUGGCAGCAUGACUCACGAUCAGUUCAUGGAAGAGCUUAUUGCAGAGCUCUGUGGCUUGUCACAGAAAGCAGCACCAAAACAGUUUAGCACAGAUCACGUGCCUGUUCCAGGAGCUCAGCUGACUUCAGACGUCAGAAGAAUUGCUACGGUCGGCCGCCGGAUCUGUGUGCAUUGCAAAGCUGUGUAUGGAAAGAAGCAACAAACGCCUUGGAAAUGCCAGGCUUGUGACGUUCACUUGUGUCUUCAGUUGAACAGAAACUGUUUCCAGGAAUGGCACAAAAGUCUGUGA